AUGACGCGAUCCAGCUACAGUGGCGAAGACUCUGAUGUCAGAUACUACAGCAGCAGCAGUGAAAGCAGUGUCAGCAGCGAAAGUGACGUUGAUGACAGUGACAGUCUUGCGUUGGGGUUGAACGGGAAGAGUGAGACGCAACAGAAAUUCAAACGCUUGCGUCGCAUCUUCCUCAACCGUCCGAGCAAAUUGAAGAAAAAGAAGGAGAAUAACCAGCGUCAAAAGUGUAGUUCGAGUAGAGAUAGAUCUCAAUCGAAGCGAAAGCCGUCGAAAGCAAACGUGACGGAGAGAAGGCAGUAUACGAAUUAUCGACGACAGAGCAAUUCAAGCAACAACAGCAGUGUGGCAGACGAUAGACCUGCAGACCGACUGAGCAGGGCUUUUGCAGGUAGCUCCUCUCGGCCCCUUCAAGCGGCAAUUGAGCAACAUAUCAAUGCAUUACGGGAGCAGAAGAAGCGACAUUCCGCACAUCGAGAUUCCAAUGCAAACCAGGUGCAGAAUAUACUGGAGCAGGCGAUGGAUGAAUUGCAGUUUCUCAAGAAGCAGGAAGAGCGUGCACUGGAAAACCAAGUGAGGCUGAUUCGAGAGAGCUACGCGUUACGUCUGGAAGUUCUCCAGCAGCAGUACCUCAACAAAGUUGCUGAAAUCGAAGACGAAAUGUACGCCGCGGUACAAAAUCGUCAGGAAGAAUGUGACGCAACGAUCCUGGCUGCAGCCAAGAAGCUGCAAGACCAAACUCAACGUGCACUUCAAAGUGAUUUUACCACGAUGAAAAGCGAGUCGAUAGAACAGCAGCUCGACUCUAAUAGCUCCAUCUCAACUGACAGCAGUUCAGCAAGUCAGUCAAAAGUUCGACGCCAUCGGCGUCUUGGUAACGAUCCACUCAGCUCUCCUCGACCAGCUUCUCCAGUCUCACAGCAACGAGCCAAAUUGCAAGCACUUGAAGAGAAACUAGCAGCAUUCUCACCAGAGUCUCUGAAUCGUGUCAAGAACGAACUGGCCACGCCAGUCCGUACCAAAGGUGAGAACACUCCAGCGAAAUGCAAACGAGAAACAGUCAAGUGCGAUAGACCAAGUGAAGCAGUUGUUUGUAAUGCUGACGAGUGGAGAGCUUCGCCGAUGUCACCACUUCGAAAAGGACCCUCAUACUGGAAAAAUGGCAUCUCUCUCGAAGUGAGAGACAUUGAGGAAAUCUAUAGCAAAACUGCAAAGUCGAACAAAAGCGAUCAAGUUGAUGACGCUCCAACUGCUAAGACUGCAAGAAGAGGAGCCCCAAUAUCCCUUUUAAGUCGUCGCUUCCUUCGACCAGAAGAAGAAGAAGAGCUGCGGCAUCUUCGAACCAGUAUUGGGCUAGCGAAAGACUGGAUGGCCAGACAUACGAAGUAG